AUGGUCCUGGAAAAUAAGCAGGACGACGACUCAGACACCAACAUGAAUUCCGCAGUCAGCACAGAGUCCAUGGACAUGGCCGAAGAGGAUAUGUCACAAGUGGAUGGUUGUGGACUUAGUGGUGCGUCUGAGGACGAUGAGGAGUGUGCGUCCUCCCCGGCUGGUUCCGCCUACGAAGACGCCGGGGACGUCAUCAAGAGCGCCAUGAGUGAUGAGGUCACCAAGCAGCUUGCUGCAGCUGGUCCAGUGGGAAUGGCCGCGGCAGCUGCCAUUGCGUCUUCAAAGAAACGCAAACGACCACACUCCUUUGAGACAAACCCCUCAGUCAGGAAGCGACAUCAGAAUCGGCUGCUAAGAAAAUUGAGACAAACAAUAGAAGAGUUUGCGACCCGCGUCGGGCAGCAGGCGGUGGUGCUGGUCGCGACACCAGGCAAGCCCAACACGUCGUACCGAGUUUUCGGGGCAAAACCGCUAGAGGACGUUGUGCGCAACCUUCGCUGCAUGAUUAUGGAGGAGCUCGAGAAUGCCCUUGCGCAGCAGUUCGGGCUGGGCUCGGGCCCGCAGGCGCCGCCCCCGCCGCAAGAGGACCCCUCGCUCUUCGAGCUGCCACCCCUUAUCAUCGACGGCAUCCCUACCCCGGUGGAGAAGAUGACGCAGGCGCAGCUCAGGGCCUUCAUACCGCUGAUGCUCAAGUACUCGAUGGUUCGUGGCAAGCCGGGUUGGGGUCGUGAGUCGACACGGCCGCCGUGGUGGCCCAAGGAUCUGCCCUGGGCUAACGUUCGUAUGGAUGCCAGAUCUGAAGAUGAGAAGCAAAAGAUGUCAUGGACGCACGCGCUUCGUCAGAUUGUGAUAAAUUGUUACAAAUAUCACGGACGGGAGGAUCUGUUGCCGGCAUUUACUGAAGACGACGACGAUAAACAUGCGCGACCACUCUCACCGUCGAUGUCCCAAUACGCGCCAGCGGUGCUGCAAACGAUCACGAAUCCAGAUGGAUCAGUGUCGUUGAUCCAAGUGGACCCAAAUAGCCCCAUUAUUACGCUUCCGGACGGAACAACUGCGCAAGUCAUUCACAGCACAGAGGGUGGAGCAGUGGUUAGUGGGUUGGACGGAGAGGGCGUGGCCGUAGACCUCAACGAAGCCGGACUCAACUCAGACACGCAGAUCAUACUCACCACGGACGAUGGGCAUGGUUACCCAGUGUCGGUGUCUGGUGUAAUAACUGUGCCCGUCUCCGCAUCAGUAUACCAGUCGAUGGUGGCUUCCAUGCAACAGCAGGACGGCGUCUGCGUCGCUCCUCUUGUCCAGGUUGAACAGAACGGCGAAGGUCUAGAAGCGCUUUCAAUGGGAGGUGGGGUCGCCCAAGUGAUGCUGCAAGGGGGCGAAGGAGCGCAGGUCCUCCAGGUUUUGAGUCUCAAGGAUGCUUCUGUAUUGACAAAGGCUAUGCAACAGCAUCAGCAGCAGGUAAAGUCAGAACGCGAAGCAGUGGUGGCAGAUUCUUAG